UCCCCCCUUUCCUCCUCCUCCUCUUUUUUAGAAGCAGCAAUCGGAGAUGGAUGUCUCUCUUUGCCCUACCAAGUGCACUUUCUGGAGGGUUUUUUUGCUCUGGAGCAUUUGGGGAGACUAUCUGCUUUCGGUGCUGGCUUGCCCUGCUAAUUGUCUUUGCAGCAAGACAGACAUCAAUUGCAAGAAGCCGGAUGAUGGGAACCUCUUCCCCCUCUUGGAAGGGCAGGAUUCAGGCAGCAGCAAUGGCAACACGAGCAUCAAUAUCACGGACAUCUCAAGGAACAUCACUUCCAUACACAUAGAGAACUGGAAGAACUUGCAGACACUGAACGCCGUUGACAUGGAGCUGUACACGGGACUCCAGAGGCUGACAAUCAGGAACUCAGGUCUACGAAACAUCCAGCCAAGAGCCUUUGCCAAGAACCCUCACCUGCACUAUAUAGACCUCUCUGGGAACCGGCUCACCACUCUGUCAUGGCAACUCUUCCAGACACUGCGACUCUUUGAACUGAGAUUAGAGAGGAACCUUUUUAACUGCAGCUGUGACAUCCGCUGGAUCCAGCUCUGGCAGGAGAAGAGUGAGGCAAACCUGCAGUACCAGGAUCUCUACUGCAUGACCAUGGAUGCAGCCAUCAUCACUUUGAAGGAGAUGAACAUCACCCAGUGUGACCUUCCUGAGAUCAGUGUGAGCCACGUGAACCUGACGGUGCGGGAGGGGGAGAACGCGGUCAUCACCUGCAAUGGCUCAGGAUCGCCGCUGCCGGACGUGGACUGGACAGUGGCUGAACUCCACUCCAUCAACACUCACCAGACCAACCUCAACUGGACCAAUGUUCAUGCCAUCAACUUGACCUUGGUGAACGUCACCAGUGAGGACAAUGGAUUCCUGCUUACCUGCAUUGCUGAGAAUGUGGUGGGGAUGAGCAAUGCCAGUGUGCUGCUCACUGUCUACUAUCCCCCUCGCAUCCUUACUCUGGAGGAGCCGGUGCUACACAUGGACCACUGCAUUGCAUUUGCAGUGCAUGGAAACCCAGCUCCCACCCUUCACUGGCUGCACAAUGGCCAGGUCCUCCGCGAGACAGAGAUCAUCCGCAUGGAGUUUUACCAGCAAGGGGAAGUGUCUGAGGGUUGCCUGCUCUUCAACAAACCCACUCACUACAACAAUGGCAACUACACGAUUGUGGCUACCAACCAGCUGGGCUCAGCCAACCAAACUAUCAAAGGACACUUCCUUGAAAAGCCUUUUCCAGAGAGUACGGACAGCUUUGUCUCAAUCGGUGAUUAUGAAGUGAGUCCCACCCCACCAAUCACUGUGACCCACAAACCAGAGGAGGACACUUUUGGGGUUUCCAUAGCGGUUGGCCUGGCAGCUUUCGCUUGUGUCCUCUUGGUCGUGCUCUUUAUUAUGAUCAACAAGUAUGGCCGGCGGUCCAAGUUUGGGAUGAAAGGUCCCGUGGCAGUGAUCAGCGGAGAGGAGGACUCAGCCAGUCCUCUCCACCACAUCAACCACGGCAUCACGACGCCCUCGUCCCUGGACGCUGGCCCGGACACGGUGGUGAUCGGCAUGACACGCAUCCCCGUCAUCGAGAACCCCCAGUACUUCCGGCAAGGUCACAACUGCCACAAGCCAGACACGUAUGUCCAGCAUAUUAAGAGGAGAGACAUCGUUUUGAAGAGGGAGCUGGGAGAAGGUGCCUUUGGGAAGGUGUUCUUGGCCGAGUGUUACAACCUCAGCCCCACCAACGACAAAAUGCUGGUGGCAGUGAAGGCUCUGAAAGACCCCACGCUGGCGGCCCGCAAGGAUUUCCAGCGGGAGGCAGAGCUGCUCACCAACCUGCAGCACGAGCACAUCGUCAAGUUCUACGGCGUCUGCGGGGACGGCGACCCGCUCAUCAUGGUCUUCGAGUACAUGAAGCACGGGGACCUCAACAAAUUCCUCAGGGCACACGGCCCAGAUGCUAUGAUCCUCGUGGAUGGGCAGCCUCGACAAGCCAAAGGGGAGCUAGGGCUAUCCCAGAUGCUCCACAUCGCUAGCCAGAUCGCCUCUGGAAUGGUGUACCUUGCCUCCCAGCACUUUGUCCACAGAGACCUGGCCACCAGGAACUGCUUGGUCGGAGCCAACCUGCUGGUGAAGAUUGGAGACUUUGGGAUGUCAAGAGAUGUCUACAGCACUGAUUACUACAGGGUUGGAGGACACACCAUGCUGCCUAUCCGCUGGAUGCCUCCGGAGAGCAUCAUGUACAGGAAAUUCACCACAGAGAGUGACGUCUGGAGCUUCGGGGUGAUCCUCUGGGAGAUUUUCACAUAUGGGAAACAGCCCUGGUUCCAGCUCUCAAACACAGAGGUCAUUGAGUGCAUUACCCAAGGCCGAGUUUUGGAGAGGCCCCGAGUCUGCCCCAAGGAGGUUUACGACAUCAUGUUGGGCUGCUGGCAGAGGGAACCUCAGCAACGGCUCAACAUCAAGGAGAUCUACAAGAUCCUCCAUGCUCUGGGCAAGGCCACACCAAUCUACCUGGACAUCCUUGGCUAGCAGUGGCCACUUAUUGGAAGUCCCUGCUCCUUCCUCCUGUCCUUCCUUCCCUCUCCCCCUCCCAAACCCUUUUCCCCUCAGCUCCCAAGCAAACAUCUUCAUAUAAACUCAAGUGCCUGCUACACAUACAACACUGAAAACAAAAAAAAAAACAAAACAGAAAGCAAAUCAACAAAAAUCCCACAGAACAACCUGUAAGGCAGUUUGGCUUAUAUAUAUUUAUAGAUAUCUCUCUAUAUAACUUCCACACCAAUACAGAAAGAAGCUGCUGUUACAGAAAAUUGUGAGACUAUAUGUAAAAAAAAAAAAAAAAAAAA